AUGCCGGCAACUGAAACGGAAACAGUGAUGACAUCAGAAAUGUUAACUGAAGCGAGUACAGAAUCGGUAACGGGCACUGCAACCGAAGGGCCUACUGCUGAAGCGUCUUCUACAGAAACAAUGCCUGCAACUGAAACGGAAACGAUGAUAACAUCGGAAAUGCCGACUGAAUCGAGUACAGAAUCGCUCACCGUCACUUUGACGGAAGGACCUACUGCUGAAGCGUCUUCGACAGAAACAAUGCCUGCAACUGAGAUCCAAACAACGAUGACAUCAGAAAUGCUAACUGAAUCGAGUACAGAAGCGGUAACGGGCACUGCAACCGAAGAACCUACUGCUCAAGCAUCUUCUACAGAAACAAUGCCUGCAUCUGAAACGGAAACAAUGAUGACAUCAGAAAUGUUAACUGAAUCGGUAACGGGCACUGCAACCGAACGACCUACUGCUGAAGCGUCUUCUACAGAAACAAUGCCUGCAACUGAAACGGAAACGAUGAUAACAUCGGAAAUGCCGACUGAAUCCAGUACAGAAUCGCUCACCGUCACUGUCACCGAAGGACCUACCGCUCAAGGCUCUUCCACAGAAACAAUGCCUGCAACUGAGACGGAAACAAUGAUGACAUCAGAAAUGUUUACUGAAUCGAGUACAGAAUCGGUAACGGGCACUGCAACCGAAGGACCUACUGCUGAAGCGUCUUCUACAGAAACAAUGCCUGCAACUGAAACGGAAACAAUGAUGACAUCUGAAAUGCCAAGUGAAUCGAGCACUGAAUACCAAACGGUCACUGUAACCGAAGGGUCAACCAGUGGAGUAUCUUCAACAGAAACUGUUCCUGCAACUGAAACCGAAACUGGAAUCACAAGUGAAAUGCUAACUCAAUCAACGACUGAAUCAAUAAUCGUCACCGUCACCGAAGGGCCUACCGGUGGAAUAUCUUCAACAGAAACAAUUCCUGCAACCGAAACAGAAACCGCAAUGCCAUCUGUAAUAUCAACCGAAUCGAGUACUGAAUCGCUAACCGUCACCAUCACCGAAGGACCUACUGCUGAACCUUCUUCUACAGAAACUAUUCCUGCCACCGAAACCGAAACUAUGAUAACGUCGGAAAUGGCAACUGAAUCGACUACUGAAUUACAGACGGUCACUGUAACCGAAGGAUCUACUGGUCAACCUUCUUCUAUAGAAACAAGCUCUGUAACUGAAACAGGAACAGCAGUGACAUCCGAAAUGUCAACCGAAUCGAGUACGGAAUCACUAACCGUCAGCAUCAUCGAAGGACCUAGUUCUGAACCUUCUUCUACGGAAACAAGCUCUGUAACCGAAACAGAAACUGCAAUGACAUCUGAAAUGACAACGGAAUCUACUACUGAAUCACAAACCGUCACUGUAACAGAAGGAUCUACUGGUCAACCUUCUUCUACAGAAACAAGCUCUGUAACUGAAACAGGAACAGCAGUGACAUCCGAAAUGCCAACCGAAUCGAGUACGGAAUCACUAACUGUCACCGCAACCGAAGGAUCUACUUCUCAAGUUGUGUCUACGGAAACUAUUCCUGUCACCGAAACUAUAACGACAUCCGAAAUGUCAACCGAAUCGAGUACUGAAUCACUAACCGUUACCGCAACCGAAGGACCUGCUUCUCAAAUUUCUUCUACAGAAACUAUUCCUGCUACCGAAACCGAAACUAUGCUGACAUCUGAAAUGCCAACUGAAUCAACUGCUGAAUCACAAACGGUCUCUUUAACCGAAGGGUCUACUGGCCAACCUUCAUCUACAGAAACAAGCUCUGUAACUGUAAUAGAAACUAUGAUGACAUCCGAAAUGUCAACCGAAUCGAGUACUGAAUCAGCAACCGUUACUACAGCCGAAGGAUCUACUUCUGAACCUUCUUCUACAGUUACAAGUCCUGCAACCGAAACCGAAACUGGAAUCACAUCUGAACUGACAACUGAAUCGACUGCUGAAUUACAAACUAUUACUGUAACUGCAGGAUCUACUGGCCAGCCUUCUUCUACAGAAACAAGUUCUGCAAGUGAAACAGAAACUAUGAUGACAUCUGAAAUGUCAAGCGAAUCAACUACUGAAGCACUAACCAUUUCCGUAACCGAAGGAUCCACUGUUCAAAUAUCUUCGACAGAAACUCUUGCUGGAACGGGAACACAAACGGAAACAACAUCUGAAAUUGUAACUGAAUCCGGUACUGAGCCACAAACGGCCACCAUGAUCGAAGGAUCUACUAACCAGGUGUCUUUCACAGUAGCAAGUGCUGCAACGGUAACCGAAACUAUGAUUACAUCUGAAAGUGCGACUCAAUCGACUACGGAAACAGUAACGGUCACUGUAGCCGAAGGAUCUAGUACUCAAGUCUCUUCCACAGAAACAGUUCCGGCUACUGGAACGGAAACUACAACCACAUUUGAAAGGCCAACUGAGUCGACAACUGAGUCACAGACGGUACCGAUUAGUGAAGGUUUUACCAGUCAAAUAUAUUCAGUAGAAUCAAGCCAGCAACAAUCAACAGUGACGGAAACAGGUUAG